UGAACAUUUUGUCUCCUAGAUGCGACAGUAUAUGUGGGUGGUCUGGAUGAAAAGGUGAAUGAGCCGUUGCUAUGGGAACUCUUCCUGCAGGCUGGGCCGGUGGUUAACACCCAUAUGCCCAAGGACAGAGUGACUGGGCAGCAUCAAGGAUAUGGCUUUGUGGAAUUCCUGAGUGAGGAGGAUGCAGACUAUGCCAUCAAGAUCAUGAAUAUGAUCAAACUGUACGGAAAGCCAAUCAGGGUCAAUAAGGCCUCAGCUCACAACAAGAACCUGGAUGUUGGUGCAAACAUAUUCAUUGGCAACCUGGAUCCGGAGAUUGAUGAGAAACUCCUGUACGAUACUUUCAGUGCUUUUGGGGUCAUCCUGCAGACUCCCAAGAUUAUGCGGGACCCUGACACUGGCAAUUCCAAAGGCUAUGCCUUCAUCAAUUUUGCCAGUUUUGAUGCCUCUGAUGCUGCCAUAGAGGCGAUGAAUGGGCAGUACCUGUGUAACCGGCCUAUCACUGUGUCCUAUGCCUUUAAGAAGGACUCCAAGGGCGAGAGGCAUGGCUCAGCAGCUGAACGCUUGCUGGCUGCGCAGAACCCUCUGUCACAGGCCGACCGUCCUCAUCAGCUGUUUGCUGAUGCUCCUCCUCCUCAGGCCUCUCAGGGUAAUGUGGUGUCCAGCUUGGCAGCAGGAGUGCCCCCUCCAGGUAUGCCACACCCAGGAUCAUUCCCACCUCCAGUGCCUCCACCAGGGGCAAUACCACCAGGGAUGCCCCCAGCAAUGCCACCUCCAAUGCCACCCAGCACAUCCGCGCCUGGACCACCAGCAUCUGGCCCACCGGGGACGACGCCGCACCAUGUGGGACCUCCGUUUCCUCCGGGAGGUAUGCCCCAUCACGGAAUGCACCCAAUGCAGGUGCCACAUCAUGGACCACACAGCAUGGCUCCCCUGUCUGGUGGGCCAGCACAGAAUGCUCCUCACCGACCUCCCCCUCCUGGAAUGCAGCAUCACAACCCUCCUCCCAUGGUGAUGCCCCCUCGCGGACCCCCAUUUGGACAUCACAUGGGACCACCCCCACAUGGAAUGCGUGGGCCCCCACCUCCAAUGCCCCCGCCCGGGUUCAAUGGCCCACCACGUCCUCCACAUUUUGGAUUUGCGCGCGGUCCACUCAUGCCCCCACGUGGUGGUACCCGGCUCCCACUGCCCCCCCGAGGAUUACCGCGAGGGCCCCUCCAGCCUCAGUAAUGGUGACCACUGCCUCAGAGAGCCGCGGCAGCUCCUCAGGGAGCUGUGUUUGUCAGUAAGACACUGUCUGGAUCAGGAUGAGCUUGUAGCUGCUACAAACCGGAUCACAUCAAUGGCUUCCCGUGCUCCGAGAUUUCACAAACAACCUGGAACACGCGGCCUGCGCAGUGGGUCACUGUAUCACUCUAACCAGGCUCUUGGUCACUCUCACUGUCCCUCUGGAGUGUGAGGGCUGUUAGCUGGUGAAUGGAGACCGGUCCUGAGUUGCUGUAUGUCUGAGAGCUGUUCCCUUUCAGACCGAAGUUUUCAUGAUGAUGUCUCUGCCCACCCUACAAGGCUGAUGUAAAUCAGAGAAUUAACGUUACUGUGGACCCAACAGUUCCCUGAUACACCCCUGACUCUCCAUGAGAGGGGUCAUGCUAUUGCUGUUACAGUGAGAGGGGUGGUGUUAGAGGUCAGCCCAGGCUGGGGGAGGGGGUUAAGAGGUUAGC